UGCUGCCAUCCUUGAUCAAACACGUGUUUUGCCCCGUUACCUCAACAGUUUGUUGCUCGUUCUAUAACAUUCUCAUUCACUUCCUCUGCAUUGCAUAAUCUAAAAAGCCCAGGUAUCACCAAAGCUUCUUUUUCUGACAAAAUAAUGGUACUGCUACUGCAUAACAUGUUAGUAUGGUUCUUGUCAUUCUCCUACCUGACAAGAACUUCCUCUUCACUAGACACUUUAGCAGUGAAUCAAUCUAUCCGAGACGGUCAAGUUUUAGUUUCACCAAGUGGAAUCAUCGAAGCCGGUUUCUUCAGCCCUGGGAAUUCAACACAUAAAUACUUGGGUGUGUGGUACAAGAACGUGUCCCCUCUAACAGUGGUAUGGGUGGCCAACCGAGAAACACCUCUGCAAAACAACUCUGGAGUUUUAAAACUCAAUCAAAACGGGAUUCUUCUGCUUCUUGAUGGCGCAAGCAACAGUACUCUCUGGUCAUCCAAUAUAUCAGCAGCAGGGAAUAAUAACCGUUACCUGGUAGUUGCUGCUCAGCUACUGGAUUCAGGAAAUUUCGUAGUGAAAAAUGGCGACAAGGACAGUUUUCUGUGGCAGAGUUUUGAUUAUCCCUGUGACACUUUGAUGCCGGGAAUGAAGCUUGGAUGGAACUUAGAAACUGGUCUAGAAAGAUUUCUAUCAUCUUGGAAAAGCUCGGAUGACCCUGCCAAGGGAGAAUACACUAUGAGAAUGGACCUUAGAGGAUAUCCCCAAGUGUUUACAUUCAAGGGCUCUGAUAAAAUUUCUGGAACAGGGCAAUGGAAUGGCGAGUCUUUUCGUGGAUAUCCUGCUCCAAAUCCAAAAUUCAAUCAAAUAUUUGUGUUCAAUGAAAAAGAGGUGUAUUUUGAGUUCGAGCUUCUUGAGAGAUUGACUGCCACCGUGUUUAGACUGUUGCCUUCAGGUGAUGGGGAUUUUGUGUCUUGGACAGUUGGAUCAAGUAACAGCCGGCAAGUCGUCACAGAAGCGGGGUUAGAUGAAUGCGACAACUAUGCCUAUUGCGGUGCAAAUUCUAUAUGCAGUGCCAACGGUUACAUUAAAACUUGUGAAUGCUUGAAAGGAUAUGUUCCCAAGUCUCCAAAACAUUGGAGUGUACAAAAUUGGACUGACGGCUGUAUUCCCAGGAAUAAAUCUAUUUGCAAAAACAGUUACUUAGAUGGCUUCUGGACUUAUACGUAUUCGAAGUUGCCAGACACAUCUUCGUCUUGGUUCAAUAAGACCAUGAACCUUGAGGAAUGUAAGGUGUCGUGUCUGGGAAACUGUUCCUGUGUAGCAUAUGCAAAUUUAUAUAUUACUAAUGGUGGAACUGGGUGUCUACUUUGGUUUCAUAAUAUGGUUGACAUCAGGAAAUUCUCUCAACGGGGACAAGAUCUUUAUGUUAGAGUCCCACCUUCAGAACUAGAUCAAAUUGCAGCAGAUGGCCAUGGAAACAUCAAGAAGAAGAUAGCAGGAAUCACAGUGGGUGUGAUUAUUUUUGGAUUCAUGACAUGUGUAUCCAUAAUGAUAAUUAAAAAGUCAGGGGCAGCAAUAAAUAUUUACAACAAGCAUUGCAAAAAUAAACCGAGAAAGGAGGAUGUUGAUUUGCCAAUAUUUGAGUUGUCAGUCUUAGCUCAUGCCACUGAAAACUUUUCAAGUAGUAAUAAACUUGGAGAAGGUGGCUUUGGACCAGUAUAUAAGGGCACAUUGAUAGGUGGACAAGAAAUAGCAGUGAAAAGACUUUCCAAAAAGUCUGGACAAGGGUUGGAAGAGUUUACGACUGAAGUGGCGUUGAUUGCCACACUUCAGCACCGUAAUCUCGUAAAGCUUCUCGGUUAUUGCAUUAAAGGAGAAGAAAAAAUGUUAAUCUAUGAAUACAUGCCCAACAAAAGCUUGGACUACUUUGUUUUUGAUGAAACCAAAAGGAUGUCAUUGGAUUGGCUUAAGCGUUUCAACAUUAUUGGUGGCAUUGCUCGAGCACUUCUUUAUCUUCACCAAGACUCUAGGCUGAGGAUUAUUCAUAGAGAUUUGAAAACUAGCAAUAUAUUGUUAGAUGCCAAUUUCGAUUCGAAAAUAUCUGACUUUGGGUUGGCUCGAAUAUUCUUGGGAGACCAAAUUGAGGCUGAUACAAAUAGGGUCGCUGGAACAUAUGGUUACAUGCCUCCCGAGUAUGCUGUGCGUGGACAUUUUUCAGUGAAAUCAGAUGUCUUUAGUUACGGUGUGAUAGUACUAGAGAUUGUAAGUGGGAAAAAGAACAGGGAAUUUUCAGACCCAAAACACGACCAUAAUCUUCUUGGAUAUGCGUGGAGAUUAUGGAGUGAAGAAAGAGCGCUAGACCUAUUGGAUGAAGUGUUAAGGGAGCAAUGCACACCCUUUGAAGUCAUAAGAUGCAUACAAGUAGGCCUGUUGUGCGUGCAGCAAAGGCCGGAAGAUAGACCAGACAUGUCUUCUGUGGUUCUAUUGCUGAAUGGUGAGAAAUUACUGCCACAACCAAAAGUUCCGGGUUUUUAUACUGAAGAGGAUGUUAGACUCAAUUCACAUUCUUGGUUGCCAAAUCAUAAACAGUGCUCAGCUAAUGAAGUAACCAUCACACAGUUGGAUGCCAGAUAAAAUAUGGUAUGGAGAAGAGAAAAGGAAAAGACUUCACCCUCCAAUGUAGGAUAAAUAGGUUAUUUGAGGACACAAAUCAGUGAAAUAGCUAGUGCUUUUGCAAUUAGGAACUCUUGUUUUAUAUAUUUAGUGUAUAUCAACACUGUGUAUAAAAUAAACAGAUCGAAAAUCAUAAGGUAAUUGCUUUCUGCAGUA